UCCCGGGAGGCCGCAGCCUCCUUCAGUCUGGGGAUCCGCGCGCGAAGCUGCCAAGUCCCACUGCGAGCUCUCUUCCCUCGGGAAGGAAGAACCUUUGCUGGCCGCGAGCUCCCGGAGAGAGCCCUGAACACACUGAAGGAAGGAACUGUCUUUUCUGAUCACCCUUACAAACAUGAAUUACACCCGAUUCCUCACAGCAGUGAGUGCUGCAAGAAAGCCUUCUCCAAUAAGGCUAUUGACUGAACUGAUGCAGAAAUCACCACCAUCACUCAUUUCCUUGGCUGGAGGAGCUCCAAAUCCUAACACUUUCCCUUUUAAGACUACAAAGAUCACCAUAGAAGAUGGAACUACCAUUGAAUUUGGGGAAGAUUUAAUGAAGAGAGCACUUCAAUAUUCUCCCUCAGCAGGGAUUCCAGAGUUGUUGUCCUGGCUGAAAAAGUUCCAGACUAGCGUCCACAAGCCCCCCACUGCCCAGUUCAGUCCUGAGCAAGGACAAAUGGAUGUAUGCAUCACCACUGGGAGCCAAGAAGGCCUUUGUAAAGUGUUUGAGAUGCUCAUUAACCCUGGAGAUAAUGUCCUCAUGGAUACACCUGCUUACCCAGGGACUCUGGCAGCUCUGAGGCCAUUGGGCUGCAACAUUAUCAAUGUAUGCAGUGACCAAUAUGGGAUUAUUCCAGAUUCUCUCCGAGCAGCACUUUCCAAGUGGAGACCAGAGGAUGCACAGAAACCUGAAAGACAGACCCCCAAAUUUCUUUACACAGUUCCAAAUGGCAGCAACCCUACAGGAACAUCAUUAACAUAUGAACGCAAAAAGGAAAUAUAUGAGCUUGCAAGAAAAUAUGAUUUUCUCAUCAUAGAAGAUGAUCCAUACUAUUUUCUCCAAUUCAACAUGCCUUGGGCACCAACAUUUCUUUCCAUGGACACUGAUGGUCGUGUCAUCAGAACAGAUUCUUUCUCUAAAAUUCUGUCUUCAGGACUGAGAGUAGGUUUUAUAACUGGUCCCAAACCUCUGAUUGAUCAAAUUGUUUUGCACAUGCAAGUUUCAACACUACACACCAGCACUUUUACACAGCUGCUGAUAACCCAGCUCCUGCAACAAUGGGGAGAAGAGGGUUUCCUGAAGCAUGUAGACAGGGUGAUAGCCUUCUAUAAGGAUCAGAGAGAUGCUAUGUUGGCAGCUGCAGACAAGUGGCUCAAAGGUUUGGCAGAAUGGCAUGUCCCCGCUGCUGGGAUGUUUUUGUGGAUUAAGAUUAAAGGUGUUUCUGAUACAAAACAGCUAGUUAUAGAAAAGGCCUUGCAAAAAGAGGUAUUACUUGUUCCUGGGGAUGCAUUCAGCAUUGAUAACUCAAAGCCUAGUUCUUACGUCAGAGCUUCCUUUUCUCUGUCUUCUCCAGAACAAAUGGAUCAGGCUUUUCAGAGACUGGCUGAACUUAUAAAGGAAUCUUUAUGAAGGGAGCAAAAAAAAGUAUCAUUGUACUCAUGGAUUUUCACUGUCAACUUUUGUAUUUCACAAAGAAGAAAUUGGUGAUGAUAUUAUACCCAUGCUUUGUUAGAGAUUUAAUCAUGGAUGUUAUAUUCCUGAAAGGUCUUUUAGUGACUGCCAAAAAUUACAAUGCACCAUUAUGAUUUUUUUUAUAAAAUGACUGACUGCAAACUUGUUUUUUGUUGUCAUUUUAUUGCAAUUAGAUUACAUUCCAAACUCCUUUUUUUUAGUUGCUUGGAAGUUCUUAAGAAUUUUCAUGUGAGAUUGAAAUUUCUUGUGUUGCAGCCACAUAGUGAAUAGUUAACAGUAAUUUGUUUUGAAAAUACAUUUAGUCAGUCUGAACUUAGGAAACUUUGAAAGAGCAUUUUUAUUUCCACUGAAAUGCUUCAAUUCAAAGACGGUUUACUUUUUUUUUUUUUUACAUGACUUCUUUAGGCUAGAGAUGCAGACUAGAUUUGUGACUUCACUGGUAGAUAGAGUAACUUCCUCUGCCAUUGUAGAUUGGAACCUUCUCUGCAACUCAUAGUCUUAGAGAAUUGCUUGGGACACUGAGUUUAAUGACUUGGCCAGGGUCACACUAUGUCUUCCUGGCUUGGAGGUCUGCUCCCUCUCCACUAUCCCAUGCUGCCUCUCAUGACUUAAUUAGUAUUCAACAUUAUAGAUUAUUUCCAAUAAGGAAUUAAACAAUCACCAAGAACUGGUGAGUCCCAAAGAUUUUCCCCAAAAUCACAUGAUGGUGCUAACUAUUAGUGUAUAAAACAUUUCAUGGCUGGAAGUGAAAUCCUGGAGCUGAGAAAGUACUUCAGAAGCUUCACAAUGGUCAGUACCAGUACAUUAUCUUGCCCAACAUACCGCAGGGCUGGUCAACUCUUCUCCACCAGAGGUUCUCAACUGGAGAAUCUUAUGCCUGAUUUUCCUAACAGUAAACAGUGGGAAAAAAUAAGAAUUUAUUCUUAUAGAAUUCAUUCAUAGAAAGAUGUUUUAUAGACAGUUUUUCCAUAGCACAUCUAUUCCAUGAAGCUAAGGAUAACUGUGUUAGACUAGCUGAAUACUACUAACCAUACUAGGAAAGCCUCAAGGUAGAAGUAUCUGUUUCGAGAGGUUAAGAAUCAUGUCAUCUGUCAUUCAGUAAUUUCAAAGUCCACUGAAAAAUUAUAGAAGUCAUCAACACAUACUUCUUAUGGAAAGUUUGAUUCAAUAAAGCAAAGCGUGAGCAAGCUAGGGUACUUUGUGAUGAUUAAAGGUCAUUAAUUUGAGAUCAAGACCCCCCCCAAAAAAUUAACUUUGAAUUAAAAGGGAUUUGAAUUAUCCAGUAUCUCUUUUUAACUUCAAACAAUAGAGACUCCAAUAAGUUUGUUUCUUUAGCCAGAGAACCUUUGAACUACUUUGGUAAUUUAUCAAGAGGUGGAAGAGAAAAAUGAGAAGUAAAUUAGAAAAUAACUUUUUUUACAAUUAUCUGUUCUCUCUUAUCAGAUGCCUACAAAUGAAUCUGUAUGGAACCAGCAAUUCAGUUCUGUGUUUGCAUCUUAUAUCUGUACUAGGCUGUAAGACCCAUAAGAGUAGAAACAGUGCCUUUUCUAAAUCUUGCAUCUCUCCCUAUCCCUAAUAUAGUUUUCUAAAAUAAAUGUUUGA